ACUGUCAGUCGCCUCAAUAUCUUGAAGAAUCUGGAAAAAUAACCUUUUUACAGUUACAAACUUUAAUUUAUCAAUGGACUUUGGCAUUUAAAACCGUAGGGAGUAAAACCAAAUAAUUAGCAAUGCAUUCUGCGAACGCUUUAUUGAGGAACACGUUAUUUUUCAACCCGAAGUUGAAGUCAUCGAGACUUGCUCGUAAUGUUGCAAAAGUUGCAUCACACAAGAAGCCGGUGGACGUUCAGAGGAAGAUAUUGAGUGGGGGGUCCAGUAUUUAUGGCCGGGAGCAGCGGAUUUGCAGUUACAGUGGUAGUUUUUUGUCGGGGUCGCGACAAGUUGGGAGUACGAGGUUAUUUUCGACGAACAAUAAGAAUGACCCGCCUGAAGAGGAUCCUGAGGUGAAAGAUGAGACUCCGCUUUUCUCGAGCCAGCUGCCGGCCACGGUGGCCGUGCCCGAGGUGUGGCCACAGGUGCCAGUUAUCGCCAUCAACAGGAACCCAGUGUUCCCCAGAUUCAUCAAAUUGAUUGAGAUAUCAAACCCAGCUUUAAUUGACCUCAUAAGAAGAAAAGUGAAGCUAAAUCAACCUUAUGUUGGCAUCUUCUUACGUAAGAAAGAGGAUGAGAAGUCUGACAUUGUGUCAAACCUGGAUGACUUGCACCAAGUGGGUGUGUUUGCUCAAAUCCACGAAAUGCAAGACAUGGACUACAAGUUACGUUUGGUGGUGAUGGCUCACCGGAGGAUAAAGAUCACUGGACAGUUCAUUGAGGAUGAAAUUGAGACUGGACCUGCUGAGUCAGACGCCGAGCGGCGCCGGCGCAAGUAUCGCAACACGCGCAAACAGAAGGCGGAGCCCGAGCCAGAACAGAAGGAGAAGCCGGAAAAGAAAGAGAAAGCUGCCCCCGACCAAGUCAUGAUGGUCAAGGUUGAGAAUAUGAUGCACGAGAAGUUCCAGCAAACGGAAGAGGUGAAGGCACUGACACAGGAGGUCAUUAAGACUAUUAGGGAUAUCAUUAACUUAAAUCCUUUGUACAGAGAAUCUCUUCACCACAUGCUAGCCCAAGGUCAGAGGGUAGUAGACAAUCCGGUGUAUCUAAGUGACCUGGGCGCCGCGCUUACCGGCGCUGAAACCACAGAACUGCAGGCUAUUCUCGAAGAGAUGGACAUUCCAAAAAGACUGAUGAUGUCUCUUUCCCUUCUGAAGAAAGAGUACGAACUAUCGAAACUGCAACAGAAGAUAGGCAAAGAAGUAGAAGAAAAAGUCAAGCAGCAACACAGAAAGUACAUACUGCAUGAACAGCUCAAGGUGAUAAAAAAGGAGUUAGGCCUAGAGAAGGACGACAAAGACGCGAUAGGCGAGAAGUUCCGCGAGCGGCUCGCCGAUAAGACCGUGCCGGCCGCGGUGCAGACCGUCAUCGAUGAGGAGCUCAACAAACUCAACUUUCUCGAGAGCCACAGCUCGGAAUUCAACGUCACACGUUGCUACCUUGACUGGCUGACGUCCCUCCCAUGGGGCAUCACCUCCGAAGAAAACCUCAAGUUAGAAGACGCACAAGUAAUCUUAGACGAGGAUCAUUACGGGAUGGAAGACAUCAAGAAGAGGAUCCUGGAGUUCAUAGCGGUGUCGCAGCUGAAAGGCACCACUCAGGGCAAGAUCCUGUGCUUCCAUGGACCGCCCGGAGUGGGGAAAACUAGUAUAGCGCGUUCCAUCGCUCGCGCGCUAAACCGUCAAUACUUCCGUUUCUCCGUCGGCGGCAUGACGGAUGUGGCGGAGAUCAAGGGCCACCGCCGCACCUACGUCGGCGCCAUGCCCGGCAAGCUGGUGCAGUGCCUCAAGAAGACUAAUACGGAGAACCCGCUCGUGCUUAUUGACGAGGUCGACAAGAUUGGCAAGGGCGUACACGGCGACCCGGCUUCCGCGCUACUGGAAUUGUUAGACCCUGAGCAGAACGCUAAUUUCCUCGACCACUAUCUGGAUGUGCCAGUCGAUUUGUCCAAGGUACUGUUCAUCUGCACUGCAAACGUCGUUGAACACAUCCCCGAGCCACUCCGCGAUCGUAUGGAACUCAUCGACAUGUCCGGCUACGUAGCAGAAGAAAAGCUAGCCAUAGCCCAACAGUAUCUGGUGCCGACUGCUCGCAAGAACUGCGGUCUAACUGACGAGCAGCUCGACUUGACUGCCGACUCCCUGCACGCGCUCAUCAAGUCUUACUGCCGCGAGAGCGGCGUCAGGAACUUGCAGAAACACAUCGAGAAGAUCGCGCGGAAAGUAGCAUACAAGAUAGUUAAACAAGAAACAGAUAAGCUGGUGGUGACAGGCGAUAACUUGACGGAGCUGGUGGGCAAGCCGACGUUCAAACAUGACCGCAUGUAUGAGAUCACGCCCCCGGGAGUCGUCAUGGGACUGGCAUGGACCGCCAUGGGCGGCAGCACGCUAUACAUAGAAACGGCACUACGCAACGCGGAAACUGACGACAAGUCGCCAUUCGGGUCUCUGGAGCUCACCGGCCAUCUCGGUGACGUCAUGAAGGAGUCUGCGCGCAUCGCUCUCACUGUCGCACGCAACUACCUCGCGAGCAAACAGCCUGACAACAGAUUCCUCAAUACUAGCCACAUCCACCUCCACGUGCCCGAAGGCGCGACGCCCAAAGACGGGCCCUCCGCUGGUUGCACCAUCACGACGGCACUCAUAUCGCUGGCCACGCGCCGCUCUGUGCGGGACAACCUGGCCAUGACUGGGGAGAUAUCGCUCACAGGGCAGGUGUUGCCUGUAGGAGGCAUCAAGGAGAAAAUCAUUGCGGCGAAACGCGUGGGAGUGAGCUGCGUGAUCCUACCAGAGGAGAACCGGCGCGACUUCGACGACCUGCCUCAAUUCAUAAAGGACAACAUCGAUAUCCACUUCGUGAGCCACUACGAUGACGUGUUCAGGGUCGCCUUCGCGGAAGACAAGAUGGGAGACAUAGACUCGAGCAGUUCAGCUGUGUCCUGCUAGAAGACAAGACCCAGUAACCUGUUAAAUAACUUUAUUAAAUAAAAUGAUGAAACUAUACAAUGUUUCUCUUAACAAUACAA